AGGCUGAGUGACAUAUUGUUUCCGGUCCAAGAUGGCUGCGUCCAUAGCGAGGCUCUUUUGGCCUUUGGUGGCUCGACAGGGACUCCGAUCCCGGGGACGCUGCGUGUGCAACCCGAACCUAAGGAGGAGUUUUGCUACAGAGAAACGAGUCCGGAACCUUCUGUACGAGCACGCACGCGAAGGCUACAGCGAGCUUCCUGAUCUGGACAUGGAGUUGCUCUGCGCAUGCCCAGAAGAAGCCGCGCGCGCUCUGGAGCUCCGCAAGGGGGAGCUGCGGCCCGCCGACCUGCCUGCCAUCAUCUCUACGUGGAAGGAAUUGAAGCAUCUUCGGGAGCAAAUCCGGAGCCUGGAGGCUGAGAAGGAGGUUGUGACAGAGGCCGUGCGGGCCCUGAUGGCCAACCAAGACAAGGAUGAAAUACAGAAGAACCCCCAAUAUCAGGGCCUGCGGACCCGAGGCCGGGAGAUCCGGAAGCAGCUCAUGCCCCUCUACCCCAGAGAGACCCAGCUGGAAGAGCAGUUCUACCUUCAGGCACUGAGGCUGCCCAACCAGACCCACCCAGACUCACCUGCUGGGGAUGAGAGCCAAGCCAGAGUACUGCGUGUGGUGGGAGACAAGCCAGCUUUCUCCUUCCAACCCCGGGGCCACCUGGAAAUCGGCGAGAAACUGGACAUCAUCAGGCAGAAGCGCCUGUCCCAUGUGUCUGGUCACCGGUCCUAUUACCUUCGAGGGGCUGGGGCCCUCCUGCAGCAUGGCCUGGUCAGCUUCACUCUCAACAAGCUUGUCCGCCGGGGCUUCACUCCCAUGACGGUGCCAGACCUUCUUCGAGGAGCUGUGUUUGAAGGCUGUGGAAUGACUCCAAACGCCAACCCCUCCCAAAUUUACAACAUCGACCCUUCCCGCUUCGAAGACCUCAACCUGGCUGGGACAGCAGAGGUCGGGCUUGCAGGAUACUUCAUGGACCACUCCGUGGCAUUCAGGGACCUGCCAGUCAGGAUGGUCUGUGCCAGUACCUGCUACCGGGCUGAGACCGACACUGCAAAGGAGCCGUGGGGCCUGUACCGAGUACACCACUUCACCAAGGUGGAGAUGUUUGGGGUGACAGCCCCAGGACUGGAGCAGAGCUCAAAGCUCCUGGAUGAGUUCCUGUCCCUGCAGGUGGAGAUCCUGACUGAGCUGGGUUUGCACUUCCGGGUGCUGGACAUGCCCACCCAAGAACUGGGUCUUCCUGCCUACCGAAAGUUUGACAUUGAAGCCUGGAUGCCUGGCCGUCACCGCUAUGGAGAGGUUACCAGUGCCUCCAAUUGCACAGACUUCCAGAGCCGUAGGUUGCAUAUCAUGUUAGAGACUGAGGCCGGGGAGCUGCAAUUUGCCCACACGGUAAAUGCGACAGCCUGUGCUGUCCCUCGCCUCCUCAUCGCCCUCCUGGAGAGCAAUCAGCAAAAGGAUGGUUCAGUUCUCGUGCCUGAUGCCCUUCAGCCCUACUUGGACACUGACCGGAUCACAGCCCCUACUCACGUGCCUCUCCAGUACAUCGGCCCCAACCAGCCCCAGAAACCCAAGCUCCCCAGUCAGCCAGCUGCCAGCUAACAACCAUCCGCUCAGCCAGCAACUGCUUACUACUGCCUGGAACUUUAGAGACCCCAGACACUUAGAACCUUUUUCCUGGAGCCAUCCCAUUGUGUGUCUGCAUUCUUGUCAGCUCCUCACCUGGGUCCACCUCUCCAUUCCUGCUACCUCAGAAUCAGUCAGUGACUCCUACUGUCAUUGGGAUUGUCAACAGAAGGCUUGGCCCAGUCUGGAGUAGAAAGCAGGACACUUGGGGAGAGACUCAGAACUCCACCCCUCCUUCCUGAUCCCUCUCCUUCAGUGCUGACCAGAAGGCCCUCAAUAAAUGAUCAAAGUCUA